AUGACAAAUAAUGAAAACACACAGUUAACGACCGUUAAUGGUUACAAUCCCAAAAAACGCAUGAUCUUUUCUAAACCCAUUUCGGGAGAGAUUCCGGACAGCAAACCAAAAAUCGAGUUCAAGAGAAUCAACAUUUCUACUCUCAACGAAGACGGAACAGAAGGUGAACUCAUUCUUCCCACAGAACGUCUGUAUUCAUUUGGAAUUUCAGAAAAUACGAGUCAAGAGACAGACAAAGUCACUGGUUACACAUUUCCUCUGUGCUUGUGGAACCGCGAUGGUGCUACAGAAGAAGACAAGAUUUGGGUAGAGACUUUCAAAGCCAUUGUAGAUUGGUGUAUAGAUCACUUGGUUGAAAAUCGUGAAGAAAUAGACAUGUUUGAGUUUGAACGUAGUGAUCUGACAAAGUCUAAAGGUGGUUUAAACCCUCUUUAUUGGAAAAUGCAAAAAGUCUUGAAUGAAAAGACAGGAAAGAUUGUUCAACAAAAAGACCCCAAUCGCGGGCCGACCUUGUAUGCAAAACUGAUUUACUCAAAGAAAACAGAUAAGUUUUGCACGAAAUUUUUCGAUCUAAAUGACGAAGAGAUAGAUGCACACACGCUGAUGGGAAAAUACUGUCAUGCAAAAUGUGCAAUAAAAAUUGAGUCCAUUUUUAUUGGCGCUCGUAUUUCACUGCAGGUCAGACUAUAUGAGGCUGUUGUAGAACCCACUAAAACGUGGAUGAAACGUCUUUUGCCUCGUCCUGAAGUACUAGAGUCUGAAUGUAUGACAGCUGUAGAUGUUAUGAAUGAUCAAAAUGAUGAUGAAGAUUCUGAUGGUGAACAAAAUAAAAUGCCCAUUGUAAAGCCAGUACGUCGAGUAAAACGAGUAGUGAAAAAAGUAAACUGA